AGGUCAGACGGAUAUGUUAAUUGGAUUAGUCACGUGACACUUGAACUAGAGCCAAAACAACUAAUCAUAACAAAGUAUCGUGGCAGGAAAAAGCUGCAGAUUUCCUUUUUAAUCGUGGAAGACCUCUGUUUGAACGAUGGCUUCGACUCAUAAGGAAGAAAAGGAAGACACAUUGAAUGUUUCUGACUCUUGGGUACAAUUGACCCUACAAGACAAUCCCGAUGACACAUCUACCAUCCCCCCUCUUUCCAUACACAAUGGGGAGAUGGAAAGACUACUAGGGGAGGCUCAGAGAGAGUGGUCUCGUUCAUCCUCCAGAGUCACUAGUUGUAACCCUAGUAACACACCUAGUAACGCCCCUAGCAAUGCACCUAGCAACACAUCAAGUCAUAGGAGUAGCCCUAGAGCCAGCCCAAAAAGCCCUCACAGUCCAGUGAAUGAACUCUCAUCUAGUGAUUUUUCAACAAUACAGGAAAAUCAAGAGCUUCAGAAUACAGUGAAGGACUGGAUCUGGGACUGGUCAAGCAGACCAGAAGCUCAUCCUCCAAGUGAUAUGAGUGCCAUGUUCAAACAUCCCGUCAAGAAACACAAGUUGAGUAUUCGCAACACAAGAGUCAUGCGCAGUGGGCCAUUCUGUUUGGAGAACCUCCCCACCCUAUUGAUGAGCCAUGCCUGUACAUUCUUCCUUGGAGCCGCUGCAAUGUUCAUUUAUCUCAGAAGAUAUUGCAAUUUGGCUGUAACUGCUCCUGUUAUCUCCGACUAGUCAAAAUGGACAUGCUGAUAGAAAGGAAUGGUAGAUCAACUUAGAAUGAAAGGCAAGAGUAAAGGAUCAACAGAUUCGUUGUUAGAAUGUUACCCAUAUAACUGAGAAUUUUAACAAUUUAAUUAAUCGAAAAAGGAAUUGUCUAUGGAAGAUAAUGUAUUUAAAUAUGCAUAUUUUAAUGACAAAAUCUAUUCACUUUGGAAGAGACAUCUCAAACAUAGUGAUAUAGCUGGGAAUCUCAAAGGAAUAACACUAAUGAUUUUUAAAAUAAUAAUAUGAAAAAAAUAAUAA